AUGCGCUUGAGUGAAUCGGAUUUCUUACCGGUGAUAAGACAGAAUCUAAUUCUAGCUCAUGGUUCACUUGGGAUUGGCAAAUGCAUGUCACGUUUGAGGGUAAUUCAUUGGUGCCCUGCUUCUGGUUUGUUAAUUAUUCGUUGCCUUCGCAGUGCAUCAACUUACAUUCAGACCGCCCUAUCUUUGGUGACUGGCUUGGAUAUUGGUGGACAAAGGAGGACAGCAUUAGUCGACAUAUAUCACGUCAGUGGAACAGUCAGAGGCUGUCAAAAGUUUUUGGUCAAAUUCUAUUCCCAGCAUCUAUUUUCAAGAACAGAGAAUGUAUUUCGAACUGCUUUGUCAAUAGCCGUUGAAGAAAACAUGGUAUCUCCCUACCCACCAACUAUCAGUGAAGAGCCCUAUUAA